UUUUACAUAACUAGGACCACUCUAAUCAAAGUUUGGGUUGGGUGUUUGUAGGGUGUGUGCAGUUCGUUAUUUUUGUGAUUUUUAUUAAUUUAAUUUCUCUUUUAGACUGAAUGAAAACAAUAUGUUGUUGAAGGCGAUUAUUAUAACGUUUCUGUGCACCUUACCAGCUGUAUUUUGCGUGAGGUGCUACCAAUGUGCAUCUUCACAAGAUAGUAAAGGGGAAGACAACUGUGGGGCUUACAAGAGGUUUGACAAAGAAAGUCAUAUCGCUGUGGAAUGCUUUAGUGAUGAAUCUCAUAUGCCUGGCUCUUUCUGCAUGAAGUUGACUCAACAAGGGCCUAAAGGAUUUAUUUGGGACGGAAGAUGGCGGCAAGUCAUACGACGCUGUGCCUCGGUUGCUGAAACCGGUGUCACUGGUGUCUGCAACUGGGGAGUUUACGAGAAUGGCGUCUACUGGGAAGAAUGCUACUGUUCUUCAGACGAAUGUAACGGAUCAUCAUUAGCCCAAUCUUCGGUUAUGCUACUUUUAAGCACAAUAGGAACUGUCCUAUUCUUGUACAAACUACUUUAGUAUAGCUUUUUAUAUAUCAAAUCUUGUGCCUUAAAAAUACAAAUGUACAGAAUCAAUUUUACCAUACACAAAUUUAUACUUUUAACAAUGGAACUAUGCUACAUUCCAAACCUUUGCUCUUUUUUUCUAUUUACCAAUAAUUUUCUUAUUGGAUUUUUUAUUGUCUCAGAUCUGUCUCUUGAUCAAAUCAUGCCUAAUACUUGUAAGGAUUUCAAACCCUAUAAGGACUCAAAACAGAUUUACUUGCUAUUAAAACAAGAUUAUGAAUGUCUAUAAGAUAAUGCUAAUAGCAGCUAUUAAUCAUUAAUUUGUUUAUGAAUAAGUAUGUUUAGUUGAUAUACCUGCAUAUUAAUUUGUUGAUAAAACCAUAAAACAACCAUUUUUGAAUAUGAAGGAGUAUACAAUAAUUUACUAGAAAGUCUGGUUCAAGUCUACAAUCAGAAUCAAUCCAUAUUUUUCAUCUAUUAAUAGUUAUUUUUAAAUACAUAGAUUUUUAUGAUUUUAUUUCUAAGUAUGUAGUGUGCUUGAAAGCAUAAUGUAAUUUAGGUAUAUUAUUAUGAAAUAAUAUCCGUCCAUAGUUGAUAAUUCAACGAAAAAAAACAUUAGAUAUAUGUAUAUUGAAUCUCAUAUUUUGUAGACAAAUAAGAUAAACAUAUGAAUGUUAAUUGAGUCCAAUUAGUAAAUGUGUUAAUGAUAUACUGUUAAGAUACUGAUAAUUGGACUCAAAACAGUUUUGUAUUGUAUUUAUUACAAUACCAAAUUGUUUUUUGUUCUACAAAGGAAGUCUUUGUUACCUCGAUAACCGUUUAACAAGCUAUAUCUAAACAGAAACUUGUUAUUUGAACAUUCAAUGGUUUCUUCUAUUGACUGACAACAAUAAAUUGAUAUUGUUUUUCAA